AGUAAGAGCAAUGACGCGUGCAUGAUAACAUCGGCGACAGUUGAUUAAGGCGGACGAUUUGUGAUGAGCACCAUUCCUUCUUUUCAACCGGACAUUGGCUGAUGGGUAUUCUGGGUUUCCAUGGAAUUAGGAGGAACAUGUAUUUUUAAUCCGUGGAAAGCCACAUGUUGCCGUUUAGCGGUCGAUCACAGUAUUUAGAUCGCAUACAAACUAUUAGGAUAAACGGACUUCACGUCUAGAUGUUCGAGCCAGCAGUAUUAUUGAUCUUAUCUCUUAAAGAAGAUGCGAAUUUUCAUAGCAGACAACUUUUAAAAAAAAACGGACAAUAGUUAUUGCAUCGAAUUGUAUGGUGGGUGUUGAAAGCUUCUUCUCGUCAGCUUUAUUCUAUUUGUUGUGUGUCAAAAUAUCGGCUGACAGUCAAAGACCUUAACAAGAACAAACGGCGCAGGUUUAAGCUCCAAGACAUUAAAGAUUGUCACAUUGGUUUUCAUUGUGCUUUUGGGAUUAUUGUGUUUCAUGUUUAGAACACGACUCUUCUAAUUACUUACAGUGCCGCCUUGAUAGAUGAAACGUGCUCCUCAUUAUUCCGAUGGUCCGGGGCCCGAUUUUGUAAUUGGUUUUGACUGGGUCUAGCUGCUUCUUGUAUAAUUAAUCACGUGUAGAAUAGAGGAUGUAAACAAGCGCGGGUUUUUACUAGUCGUAACUACUCGUUUUUUACUGACACGAACUUUUCACUUGUUCUAUACCUCUGGCGCCGAAACAGUAUUAAGUUGUAAAAUAUAACAGUUAUUUUGUAUAGUUUGCUUUCUAAUAAUCACCAAUAUGACCGAAAAGGUAGUCGAUUUCAAACUGGAAGAGGCGGAAACGACACAGAAGACUAACUUUAGACAGGAAUUGAUGAACUACAGAAGUUUUAUGAACAACAAUGUGUACUCUUUAAUGGGAGCAGACGAUAAAAGACCUCCAACAUGGCGGAACUUUAUAACAUUGUGUGUGGCUACGUUUUUAGCCAUCACAUCGGUGAUGCCAACAAGAAAUUUACAAGCAAGUGUGUACACUGAUUCACAUUUAGGAAAGUUAUCAUUAUGUUGCAUGUACGGUUUUUAUUUAAUUGGAUGCUUCUCAGCCAAGCCAUUGAUGGACCACUGCAGACCCAAAUGUAUAAUGUUGAUCAGCCUCUUUGUUCAUGUGCUUUAUUCCAUUUCUAACGCAGUUCCGUCAUUUUACACGGUUCUGCCUUCAGCCGCCAUGUUGGGUUUUACCCACCCAGUCAUGUGGUCCAUACAAGAGCGUUUGAUGUUGGGGUACUCGCUCAGUUAUACCGCUUCCUCCACGCUCACUCUCCAAAGCUCGCUCCAUUCCUUCCAAACUCUCAUGGUCAUCAUCAUCCAUUCUGCUCAUAUUAUGGGAAACCUACUCAGUGCUGGGCUUAUCUCGGUUUCUCACAUACACUGCCCUGGACUGUCCCUUUGGGGGAACGAGACUGUCUCGGGUGGCUCCCAUCGAAUCCACACUUCUGGAAUACCAAAUACUGAAGAUCGGUGGACCUACACGUUGCCAUUGAUGCCCAUCCUUACACGCCAGGGUGGAAGUAAACCCCACGAAUUAGACUAUUAUCAGCUACUUACUGUACUAUUUGUCUGUUUCUCGGUUAUCGCCAUGGGAGCGCUGUUGGUAUUUUUUGAAAAUCCAGAUAUUAUCAUACAGAAGAAGACGGGGAACUGGAAACAGAGACUGGGGAAGUUGUUCUCGAUUUCUAGAGACCCCGGGUGGUUUAUGGGGCAGAUCGGCGCCUUGUUUAAUGGCUUUCUCCAGGGAAUGCUGAUAAGUGAUAUACUUAAGAUAUACGGAAGUGACGUUUUUGGUUGUUUUAUUGUUGGUUACAUGAUGAUGUGUUUUGGAACCGGUAAUCUGGCCGCCAUUUUGUCUUUGGAUCGACUGAAGAACUACAGACUCAACAUAGUGUCAUUGAUUUUUGGAUUUUUCCUAACUUCUUUUAUACUAAUUACAAGUUAUAUAUGGAAACCUACAAAGCAAGAUUCUAUUUGGCUUCUUCUAUUUAUCGCUUGUUGGGGUUUGGCAGAUGGCGUCAUGCAGUCUCAGAUGCAAGCUGCCUUGUCUGCUUACUUUGGUCGUCAUAAAUCUACAGCAAUGGCGGGUUACAGGGUGUUCCAGGGUGUUGGAUUGGAGACCAGUUUUCUUAUGUCGCUUUUUGUUCAUGACCUGAAUAUUUCUCUAUACGUUGCUGGUGCUUUCCAUAUUUUCUCAGCUAUCGGUUUGGUGUGGAUAUCGCGCGCAAAACGAACAACGCGGCCGCUAAAUGGUGCUGUGACUACUGAGUUACAAUCAUCGUCAUCCUCGUCAAUCAUAGAUCAAAACGGCAUGCCUCCAGAAGCACAGUUUGAAGAACCUGCGUGAUUUGUGUUUACGUACUUGGCGUCAUAAUUAAGACCAGUAAAGAAAAAACUAACCCACAUUUUUUCGAAAUCCGAAAAUAAUAUCAUCAUGUUUUCAGGAAUAAACUAAACUGUUCAGCAACUGCGCUGACUAUUAAUGGCGGAAAUAAAUUUGAUAAAUGUGAUUUAUAUUUAAGAUUAUACGCGAUCAACACAGAUUAUCAGUGACAAUUCUUUGACAAACUAUACAUACAUCAGCUAGUCCCAAAUACUCAUCAAAAUACAUAUUUUCUGAACUUCAAGAUGAACGAAAGAAAGAGAGAGAGAAAAACGUGAUCCAUUCCAUACAAUAAUAUAAGUCCCGUUAAAAAAAAGAUGUUGGUUUAAUGAUUUUAACAACGAUAAUGGUGGUGCAGACAUUUUCCCAGUUACACCGUCAAUAGAGGAUGCCAAAUGUUGACAAGUAUUCAGUUCAUCAUAUCCUUGAAAAUACUGAAUGGAAGUGUGCAUUAUUGGACUGGUGUACCUUUUAGAGAUUCAACUUUCACAAUAUUGUAGUUUACAAGGAAUUCCCCAAUCCCCCAGAUGACGACCGGAGACUUUAAUGGAGAAUCAUCGCACAUAUCCUCGUGUAUUGCUUGUGCUGGGUAAUUGAAAUACAGAACUACGAUAUUUCAUGCUUUCUUGUAUGUUUUUCAGAAAACAUUUUUGACACGUUUUGGUGAUACGCGCUAAUCAGCAGAAGAUACAGAAUGUACCGGGACAACUUCCGGUGCACUUCAGAUAUAGCGGAGUCGAUGCGGUUGCUAUACAAGAAUAAGACUUGAUGGUUUAGUUGGGAGUGUUUAAAAAAAUCAGACUGAAAUGUUGCGGUGAGAAAGAAAGUGAUACAAAUCCUAUCGUGUAUAUAAACUUUCCCUUUUAUCUUUAUUUAUAUUGAUAUGUAACUGUCCAGUGUGGUUAAUAUCGAAUCGAUAUUCUUAUUGAUUUUUGUGGUAUUAAACGUGAUAAUGAUAAAACCUAAUUUUGAUUGAAAUUUUAUUUGCUCAAGAAUAAUCAAUGAUUCGAAACGUGAUCAUUUAUUCAUAGUAACUAGAAUUCAUCGGUUACAUGAAAAUGUGAAAAACCUGAGGUUGGAUUGGUUUUCUAAUUCAAUAAGGGAUAUAACAACCUACGCCAGCGUUUGGUCUAUUUCGGCUUGCAUUUAUUUUAGGAUUAUACAAAAUAGUGUACGUAAUUAGUCCUAAGAUGUAAUCGCAGAGAAAUAUCCAUGAAACCAACGGAUAAACUAAUUAGCCUGUUCGCAUAAAUGUUUAUAAUAGAGCCCAUCCAUUAUAAAAUACUUAUUAGGAAAGUCUAACAACUUGAAGAUUAAAAUAUAUGAUUAUCGAAAGCGACACCUGGGACCAAAUUGAUGUAUUAUGCCAUGGAAUACAAUAUUAAUCUGCCAUGUAAAAACAACAAAAUAGUUAUAAUGUUUGGUUUUAGCUAUAUAAUAGUCUUACUGAAGCAAAUUUAUCAAUUGUAAUUUGAUGGAAUAAGUGCAUCCAUUAAAGAGACGUACAACACCAGAUUUGGUGACGGUUUCUUAACUCUAGAUAUCUGGCUGUUGUUUUCAGUCUCUACUGUACUAUCAAAUAUUAUUGUUAACUAAAGAAAUAAUUAGCGUCUCAUGUACAUUAAUUCAACCUGUCACAUUUGAAAAUACACAUUCUCGUGAAAUACGAAAGAAAUACAUGUUCAGUUGAUUAUCCAGACACUAUGUUUACGCAGGUUGUGAUUGAUCGACUCAGGAUCAACCGACCAAUUACCACAGAAAAUUACUCAGAAUGUUUGAACGGAUUAAUUAUGGAAACAUUAUGGCUUUUAUUAUCGAAAGAUUUGAUCGGCUGACUAAUCAUGGUCGAAGGUAUUAUUAUGCUGUCGUGAUAGGGCCGAAGGCACUUUUCUUAAGCAGGUCUUUAGAUACUAAUCCAAUGACCUCCUGAAUAAACGGAAUGAAAAUGUCACCAAAUUGUCUAUAGAAUUAAACUAACAAAAUCACACAAUUCCGUUUCCAAGCAGUCUCAUCACUCCAUAUAUAGUAAUGAAAUCAAGCCAGUGUGAUUAUAUAAUUAUGUAAUUUCAUAUAAAAGUUCAUUACAUCUGAGAUUUCCAAUUACUUAAUGCUGAAUAAAAUAUUGUUUUGACCAAAAGUUAAAUUUAAUUACGUGAUUAUAAUUAUCACAGCAGUGCUUCAUUUCAGUGAAAAGUUACAGAAUCAAGGGGAGAAACGGACAUGGUCACAUUCCACGGCGCAAUUUUAGUGUCUGUACAAGUGCAUUUUGGUCUAAUUGUGAAGUCUGUUUCUAAUCUCAUCUUCAUCAAUGCGUCUAAAAUCUUCGUUCAUUCAUCUUGGGUGCUUCAUGCAGAAUCCUAUAAACAUUUUGACAUUCUACACCGCAUGUCUCGGGACGAUGCCCUUUAAAUGUUUUCCCACUCAUCAGGAAUCACUCGAAUGCAAUAUCUAAUAACUGCAUGUACCAAAUGACCUGUUAUCAAUUUUAUUAACAUUUCAAAUUGGCAUAAAACUCGUUAAAAAAACACCCACCCACAAAUAAUUUAAAAGCAUAAUAAUAGCAUAUUAUUGCCUUUUUUCUGGCCACUAUGGUGGACAUCGUUGAUUUGACGAUGUCUUCAUAUGUUUUAAUAAAGCGAAUGGUUUUGUAAUAGUGUGCAACAAACAUAUAUUUUUUGUACACUCUAACAAUUAAUUAAAUUAAAGAUUAAGCCAUUAACUCGAUAAUCCCUCUUAUAUGAAGUCCUACAGAUGAAUUGUUUGGAAUAAAAAUUCACAACUCUCCACCCAAAUGUUUUGCAAAGAAAUA